UAAGGGUUGGAGGCUUCGGGGGUUUGUUAUUGCACGCUCGCUGUCAUAUCUGGUGACAUACCCCCGCGCUCCGGUCAUCACUCGUCGCUCGGGAUCCACCGCAGUCGAGGAUUUUCAGAUUUGAUCACCAACCGCUGAAUACUCAUAGAGAUGGCGCGCAGCAUGCUCGGCGUGGCGGCGGCGGCGGCGGCGUGCGCGCUGGCCGUGCUGUGCGCGCUGCCCACCGGAAACGCGCAGGCGCUCUCACAGUAUGACUCAGUGGCGCAGUCAGCCCAAGAGGCGGCGGGCUGGGACGCACUCGGCGGGCUAUACGCUCUGCUGGCCCAGCACGACGCGCUCGGAGGUCACGCUCUCGCACGCAAGUCCGUGCGCUCGCCGUCGAGGCGGCUGAGAUUUGGACGCCGCUCCGACCCUGAUAUGCCGCCGCAGGCUCCGCUGGACGAGAUGGAGGAGCUGCUGUCGCUGCGGGACACGCGCCAGCCCGUGCGCCUGCGCUUCGGCCGCCGCUCCGCCGAGACCGCCGUGCCCCACGUCUUCCCGCAGGAGGAGCAAGACCGCUCGGUGCGCGCGCCCUCCAUGCGCCUGCGCUUCGGCCGCCGCUCCGACAACAACAUGUUCCUACUGCCCUACGAGUCGGCUCUCCCCAAGGACGUGAAAGCAAGCGGAGGCGAAGACGACCGGACACAGGACUAAACAAACCGAAACACAAGCACUAAUUAAGUACUAGUCAGCCCAUACAUUAUGUCAACAAACACACAAACACUUGCUAACGGAUCUUACAACUACAUUAAUUUACAUUAACUUUUAAAAAGUAACUUUUUAAUGUUAUUCAAACUUCGUAACUUAAGCUCUGUACAUAAUCAGAUAGCGUAUUAAUGUAUUGAAUUGUUAAACUUGAAUAUUAUUGUAUCAAUCAGUAUUGCUUGUUUGUGCAAGUACCUUGUUCUUGACUUAGCAAAUUAACUGUGAUUCUAUGUUUCGACAACAUUCAAAUAUAUACCCCUUGAUGUAUUUUAAUAUCAAACUUUAGUCAAUACUAUGAUAGUUAAGGCAUUUACUGAAAUGUUUUGAGUUUUCAUUGUUUUCCUAAUUAUUUUUCUUGUUUUAAUGUACUUACCUAGCGAAAAGUUGUUACAUUUUUUGAGCUGGGCAAAUGUAAUACUGUUCGCUUAUUGUAUUAGAUAAAUUAUUUUAUAUAUUACAUUAUUAUUUAGUACUUAGAUACUUUAUCUAAUCUUUUAUAAAUAUUUAAAUUAUAUCUACUGAUAAGAGUAGUUAAUUGAAGUUUAAUUUUGUAUAGAAACUAUAGUGCAAUUUGGUGAAUUGAAAUAUAAGACAUUGCCAAUGAU